AUGCUUUGUGCUUCUCUUGGAUUGUCCAAAUUGUUAACCGCGGCCGUGGCCACGUAUUUGUAUGUAUUCGGGGAGAGGCAGGGCCGCUGGGAUCCUCAAAACGUGCAAAAAUGUGACUGCUCCGAAAGGAGUCACAGUGGAUUCCAGGUUUUAGGAGAAGGUCCUCGUGAUCUAACAUCUGUGAUCAUCUCUGAUGAAAAGAGUUUCGCUGAACGUCUGGUUACGCGUGCUCAAAGCGUCAUGCUCCUUCGUUGUCGUCCGAUGAGGCUUUUCCAAGUAGAUGAAGCGGAUAACCGGGGCGGGCGGUUCUCAGUAGCCCUUUCCAAGUCAAAUUCAUCAAGAGCGGACUGUUACAAUCAGCAGCAGGAAUUGACGCAAAAGUUAAACACUAUGAAAUUCACGUUAAGGGCGGUAUUUAUUCAUGUAGAAAGCCAGCACAAUCCCCCUUCAUAUAGCAAUCCAAAAUAUACACGCUCACUUCAGUCCUUUCGUUCCUCAUCCAGUGCUCAGAGUAGGCAUGACUAA